AAAUGCACUAAAAUCAAAGUGUUGUUAGAGGAUAGAGAGCAAUCUUUCUUGAAUUUUCUAUCAAUAAAUUGAGAUGGCAAUCAAAAUCCAUGCUUUUGUUUUCUUGGGGCUUGUCUUAAGCCUUAUCUCAGUGGCUUCGGCCAUUUCUGGAACUGCCACGUAUUACACAGUUUAUACUCCGUCUGCCUGUUAUGGCUUCCAAGAUCAAGGAGUUAUGAUCGCAGCUGCUAGUGAUGCCCUAUAUGAAAAUGGGGCUGCAUGUGGUAGAAUGUACAAAGUUAGGUGCACAGGCCCUACAAACGCAGGGGUACCCCAGCCAUGCAGGGGUGAAGUCACUGUUAAGAUUGUUGAUCGCUGCCCGUCUCCUGGAUGCCAAUCGACAAUUGAUCUCUCUCAAGAGGCUUUCAACAUUAUUGCUGACCCCGCUGCUGGAAAAAUUAACAUUGAUUACACCCAGGUUUGAUUCUCCUCGAAGAGAAUUGACUGUUUUCCAAAGCAAGACCUCUAGUAAUCAUAAUUAUACGGAAAUAAGAAGCAAUUCAUGGAAAUUGGACAUUUUCCAUGGAUGAUCACUGGCAGUAUACCGAUGAAAUAAUACUUCUUUGUAAUGAUUUUCAAUAAGAAAAAUAAAAGAUUUACUGCUUAUAAGUUC